CAACCUGUUUGUUGAUCGCUGUGUGUGGCUUAUUAACACUCCGAGUUUUUUACAAGCCCGACUGGUUCCUCAUGGGGAUUCAACUUGCCGUCGCCAGGAAGAGCUCGCCGUCUGUCUGACAGCAGGCACGGCAACACACGACUAUGUCGUAAGCUCGUAAUUGGCGACGGAGCGACCUGAGAAAGCCUUUUUCUAAUGUAGCAUGUUUGCUAACGCUAGCUGCGCCGCGCACACAGGCUUUUUGUUCCGAUCUUGGACAGACUCUGCAUGACAAAUUAUUACCAGUGUUGAUCACAAGUAGGACACACAACAGCGGUUGUGUUGGCUGAAAAAACGUGUCGGGAAUAAUUCGCGGUUGUCAGCAUCAGCCCCGGGGCUAACCCCCGGUAGCCGUCCGACUUAAUGGCCGGAAAUCCGAGGAGGGGCGCCGGUCUCAUCGGCUUGAUGAAGGACGCCUUUCAGCCUCAUCAGCAACCUCUCCAGCCUCACCAACCUGCAGUGGUCGAUAAGAAAAUGGUGGAGAAAUGCUGGAAACUCAUGGACAAGGUAGUGCGGUUGUGCCAGAACCCUAAGGUGGCAUUGAAGAACAGCCCACCCUACAUCCUGGAUCUGCUGCCGGAUACCUACCAGCAUCUGCGCACCAUCCUGUCUCGAUACGAAGGCAAAAUGGAGAUCCUGGGGGAAAAUGAGUACUUUCGCGUGGUGGUAGACAACCUGACCAACAAGACGAAGCAGACAAUGAGCCUUUUUAAAGAAGCCAAGGAAAGGAUGUAUGAGGAGAACUCCCAGCCCAGGCGGAAUCUUACCAAGCUGUCGCUGAUCUUCAGCCACAUGCUAGCAGAGCUAAAAGCCAUCUUUCCCAACGGCCUAUUUCAGGGCGACAACUUCAGGAUCACCAAAGCUGACGCUGCUGAAUUUUGGAGAAGGUCAUUUGGAGACAAGACCAUUGUGCCAUGGAGGACGUUUCGUCAGGCUCUUCACGAGUUUCACCCUAUCAGCUCAGGCCUGGAGGCCAUGGCCCUCAAGUCCACCAUCGACCUCACCUGCAAUGACUACAUCUCUGUGUUUGAGUUUGACAUCUUCACCAGACUCUUCCAGCCGUGGUCGUCUCUUUUAAGGAACUGGAACAGUCUGGCAGUCACACAUCCUGGUUACAUGGCCUUCUUAACUUAUGACGAGGUCAAGGCCCGACUUCACAGGUUCAUCCACAAACCUGGCAGCUACAUCUUUAGGCUGAGCUGCACUCGGCUGGGCCAGUGGGCAAUCGGCUACGUGACAGCUGAUGGGAACAUCCUGCAGACCAUCCCCCAUAACAAACCGCUCUUCCAAGCGCUUAUUGACGGAUACAGAGAGGGAUUCUAUCUGUUCCCAGAUGGUCGUGCGCAGAAUCCCGACUUAACCGGACUGUGUGAACCUUCUCCCCAAGACCACAUCAAAGUCACUCAGGAGCAGUAUGAGCUGUACUGUGAGAUGGGCUCCACUUUCCAGCUCUGCAAGAUCUGUGCUGAGAAUGACAAGGAUGUGAAGAUUGAACCUUGCAGACACCUGAUGUGUACGUCUUGUCUGACAGCCUGGCAGGAGUCUGAGGGUCAGGGUUGCCCGUUUUGCCGCUGUGAGAUAAAGGGCACAGAGCCCAUCGUAGUGGACCCCUUCCACCCAAAGGCCAGCGGGGCGUCCUUUGCUGGCUUCCAGGGAUCCAGCAGAGCAGAGGCUUCUGGAUAUGAUGAGGAAGAGGAUGAUCGACUGGAGGACCAGAGCCUUGUCAUGAGCAGGCUGGCCUGCUCCAAAAUAGAACGGCCACCUUCUCCCGUGUCCCAGCUACCUCCAGUACCACCUCGUCUGGAUCUCCUGCAACAAAGACCCCCUAGUUCCCACAGUGCACUGGGUUCGGGAGCCACACCCAAGAUUGCAGCUACUCACAGAGACAAGCCUCUACCUCUGCCUCCAGCCUUGAGAGAGCUGCCCCCUCCUCCUCCUCCGGAGCGUCCCUCCCUAGCCCAGGACUCCAGGCUGCAGAGAAGGCCUCUUCCCUCCACUCCUGACCAGUCCAUCUGGGCUGCCAACUACAUGGUCCCUCGUCCUCCAACCAAGGCUCCAUUAACCUUGUCCUCAACCUCUCAGAGCAAUGGAACCAGCGGAGAUGGAAGCAAACUCCAGUCGGCCACUAAUGCUGUGUAUUGUUUGGCGGCAAGGUCUCUACCAGCAUCAGUGCCCACAAGUGGGGAGAAGCCCUCAUCUGACGGUGAUGAGAAUGAGUAUAUGAGUCCCACGUCUCUUCCAGUCUCUGGUUCUCCGUGGGUGAUAACCGGCUCCUUGGUGCCUCCACCACCAGCUCAAGCAAACAACAACAAUGACAUUAGUGAUGUGGCAGACAGUGACUCUGAGGACCCCCAAGUGUACGAGUCCAUGUGCAAUAUCCAGGCCCAGGCUGGUUCAUCUGAAACAGAUCCAGGCUCUGACCAGGAACCGCCUAAACAUCCGGCCUCGGUUUCGCUGGACAAGAAGGUGGAGAUCAGCAUGGAGGAUGUUUACGAGUAUGACUGUCCCAGACCGGUGGUGCCUCCAGCCCCCACCAGGAGGACGCUGUCCGACAUCAGCAGUCCCUCAUCGGCCUUCAGCACGCUCAGCAUGGACGGUGCAGUGGAAGCCAAUAUGUUUUCGGCCCACGUCGACCUUGAACGCCCCCCCAAGCCUCUCCCACGUCGCGCCAACUCGGACCGACGGCCCCGCCCCGUGAACCGCGACUUUCACACUCCACUACCGGAGCUCCCCAGUCCGUCGUCCGCCUCCCCCUCCCCUCCCCCUCCCCCCCUCCCUCCUGUCGGCGCCGGAAACCUGGCCCUAAACGGGGAGAUCGAAUGCUUGAUGUCGCAGGGCUACUCCAUCCAGGACAUCCAGAAGGCCCUGAUGAUCGCUCAGAACAACCUGGAGACGGCCAAGAACAUACUGCGCGAGUUCGUCUCCGUCCCCUCCACAGCGCACAUGGUCACAUAGUCGAAGUCGUCACGCUCAUCCUGUCUGUGUUGUCUGUCCCCACUAUGUGCCAUUAUCAUGGAUAGCCUUUAUCAAGCAGGGCCACGACUACUUGGCUGAAGGGCUGUACCCUCAAAAAAAUGCUGCAUUCAGGUCAGAUAAUUGCAGAUAUACUGUAUUUUUAGUCAUGACAGUGCCCAAAACUAUUUAUUUUGCAGUGAACACAUUGUAGCAGGUGUUUCUUUUCCUUUUUCUUUGACUGCCUAUAUGUUGAUGGUGACACUGAAGCCUCAGAAUCUCUUGUUUACUUGCAAUCGCCACUUGGAGAUUGAGGUUCGUUUCCGCCAGUGUGAAAGCGUCGGUUGGUUCCAACGACUUGUCCACUCUGGAACCGGGAGCAGCUGCGUCUCCGAGGCCGACCGGCGCUCCUAAGCGACCUGAAUGCAGCAUACCAGGAGCGGCGAGGCGGGGUCGCGUGGCCCGGUCGCGUGGCCGUGCUUCACGUCUGUGAGGUCGGCUCGUGCCGUGGCAGCGUUUCCCCUCAGUCUGAGUUCAUUCUCUCAUUAAGCUAAGUGUUGAAGCUACACUGACUUUAAUCAGCAGGUCAUUGUCCCACUGCUGGCAGCUGUCCAGUCCGAUGCUUUAUGGGCUUCUCGGCAAAUUGUGGCGUGCGAGUAUGUAGCGACACAAGUUUUGUGGGGAAAUUAGUGACUAACUCGUGGCGUGUGUUGCUCAUGCUGAUAAAUGUGAAUGUUCAGUCGCGGUGCAGUUCGCAGGGCUUCAUGGUGUGCGCGUCGCUGCGGCUCGCUCUGCUUCGAUGGUUGUUUGAGGAGUUGAACGUGACUCCAUAUUUCCUCUCAUCUCCAGGUCCAGUGAUGGUUCUGUAAUGAAAUAACUAAUCUGAUGUUUAAGUGCUCUCAUGACUUGUUGUGCUGUGUGUGGUACUAACAAUGGUUGAGUUUUAAGGAGUUAUUGUCAUUUUAACCCAUAACUUCCUGUGGCCUCUUGAGGUGAUAUUGAAGGCUGGUUUAUUUAGUCAAAAGCUUCUGUAUACGCCUCUAGUUUCUUACUUACUUACCUACAGAAGUGAAAAGAGUUAAGAUUUGCUCUCACAUGUUCAUGUAUGUUUAGAUUAGCAUCACAUUCGCACCGGAACAGUUUUGCUUGGUUCAAAACGAAGGAAUUGACAUUGUGCACUAAAGCAAACAAGAACUGAAGGUGACGUGUUGUCAGGUGGACUCAGGUACUCGUGUGAUGAAUGAAGCAAUGCUAAAGGCGAGUGUUUACCGGAGGUGGUGUGGACUCAUGAUGUGUGGCACAUUCAUGACGGAGACAUUCCAGUGAUUUGGAUUUUACCGCUUUACCGAUUACCGCUUGCUACUCACUGUACUCACAUCUACAUAUAACAAGCUCCAUUUAGUGACUUUCUGUUUAUUCUAACUUUGGAGGUUCUGUUACAACGAGCCUCCUGUUCUAAAAAUUACAGUCCUCGUGGGCAUUUCAGGCACGGAGCAGUUCUUAAAUUGGAUAGUAAAUUAAUCUGCAUCUACACUAUAUUGGCAAAGGUCUUCGCUCACCCAUCCAAAUAAUAGGAAUCAGGUGCACGAAGCAAGGUCCAUGCAGACAUAGAUGACAGAGUCUGGUGUGGGUGAACCUGCACAGAGGCCUGACCUCGCCCUGAUAGAACACCUUUGGGAUGAAUUAGAGCGGACACUGAGAGCCAGGCCGUCUCCUCCAACAUCAGUGUGUGACCAAAACUUCCCAUAAACACACUCCUGAACCAUGUGAACAGCCCAAAAGACUCGAAGCUGUUGCAGCUGCAAAGGGUGAACCAACCUCAUAUUGAACUCUGUCACUUCAGUUUAGAGCAGGUGAGCGAAUGCUUCUGGCAGUAUGGUGUAUUUUGUGUUGGUGAUCCAAGAUGGACACACCCUCACUGUGGAUUUAGAUAGAUUGCUAUGAAAUGUUGUUAAUGUUCAUGUUUCCAAGGUUAUGGAAGUUGCUGAGCUAUUUUUUAAUUUUUUUGCACCUUAACACUCUUUGAUGAGACUCUUCAUAUAGUUCUCAUCAACAGCAGGCUCUAUAAAUAAUUUAAUAUUUUGCUGAGUCAUUGAAAUGUUCAACUUUGAGUUUGACCAUAGCCGGUCUGAAUCUCAAAGUCCUUGACGUUCACUCUCCAGCAGAAUUGUAAAACAUCAUCUGAGUAACAGAGGAGGAUUUCACUCAGGUGUUUAGAGUCCGUGAGCCGCUGUAACUCCCAGGUACCACUCCUUCACCAUCACCCUGACCUCACGUCAUCCUCUCAGCCACACGAGGGCUUGUACUUCAACCCAGACGAUCACAAGCACAUGUAGAGGGAAGAUGAAAAGACAUCUGAGUCACCAAAGUCUGACCCGCGUCUGAGAAGCAAAUCAGGGCAGAAUACAAGCAGCGGCAGGAAAAGUGCGUGAACACGCUUGUAUUACUUGCAUUUAUUUAUACGUGUGUUUUAAAAGAUAAUGAGACAUAGACACGUAGUUGUAUGUCUGUAAGUGUUCCCUCACUUUUUCUGCUUUGCUGCAGUUAAUAGACACGUUCCUUGGAAACACUAAUAAGAUCUAUGUGUAGACUCAGGUGAUAUUAUAGAAUAGAACAUGAUCCCCUCUUUAGUGCUAUGAAUGCGAUUCUUCUCUCAAACAGAUCUCCAGUGAUCAGUGGUCCUGUGAUUUCUGCAGUAAUACAUAAGUAAACGUGCCUUCUGUCCAUCACAACCUGCACAUCGGUAGAGACGCUACAACAGAGCCUCCGCCGCCACCGCUUAGAUGAAAUGGGAACCUACACACAGCAGCUUUUCAGCUGGACCCACUUUCAGUUUGAUUUGUUCCGGUGUUAUUCGUCAUGCAGAGAGCAUCACAGGACGUUUCCACAAGCUCAGUCCAAUCAAUACUUUUUGUUUUAGGCCAAAAUCAAUGUGAGAGUUAAAUUAAAGUAUGUGUUAAAACCAUUUCCCGACCAAAACGUACUGAAUUAUAACAAACCUGCUCGUUGGCUGUUUUUAUAGUGACUCUGGUUCGUCAGGCUGUAAUUUUACAGUAUAAAUUGAUUUCACAUAUUUUUUAUUGCUAAAUUUGAAGCAUCAUUGUCCGUAGCGUCGUCUAACAGCAUCCAUUAUGUCUGUCAUUACUGUGGAUGAUGUGAAACACAGUGGAAACGUGCUUGUUGGAGUUGUAAAGUGAAGACUGAUCACCUCCCUGAGGUUGUUGACUUUAACGAAUCGCACGCCUUCAGUCGAAAGCGUUUCAGAGCAGCAAGCUGCCCUUUAUAUCGGCCCUCGGUUCGCGUCGACGUACAAAGAAUGUGUUGUCGGCCCUCUGACGCCGCGUUCGCUAUGUGAGGAUGCUGCUGCCAGAGGCUCCGCUCUCACUGCAGGCGUGUUGGUUCAGAUCUGCUGGUUAACACGUGGUCUAACUGUUUUCAUCAGCCUUUUCUUUAGUACUUGCCUACUAAAACGCUGUCUGCAAUGCUUUAUUAUUGCCUGUGUAAAUAUUUUAUUUAUUGUCUUUUUAAUAUCCUUGUUCAUUUGUCAUGCCUAAGCCAUUAAGAUUUUUAAUUAAACAGUAUUUUCUUUAA